AUGCGCCGAGUCAAAUGCGACGAGCAGCGACCGGAAUGUAAGCGCUGUAUCUCGGCGGGCUGGCAGUGUACAGGAUAUGCCGCGAAAGUUCGUCCGAAACCUGAAAGCACCAUCCAAAUAUACAACAUUCCCUUCAAGAUCCCAGGCAGUCGGACGGAUCGCGAGCUCCUCCAUUUCUAUUGCAGUGAAGCAGCUCAAUGCUUAUCGCGCUUCUCCGAUUCAACGCUUUGGACCCAGCUUAUUCUACAGCGAAGUCAGCAUCAGCCUGUGAUUCGAAAUUCGCUAGUCGCGCUAAGUUCGCUAUAUCGCGAAUAUCUGAAAGUCGGAUCGUAUCAGCUGGGAAGUUCUCCGAAAAGCAUUCAGCUUAUGGCCAAAUCACAUAAGCAACUUUUGACCUAUCUUCUUACGCCGGGUGCUCCACCCGAGGCUGCGCUUGUCUGCAGUUUGAUCUUUUACGUGUUCGAAUGUCUUGUCGGUCACACCAAACAGGCGAUAUGGCAUCUGGAUCGCGGUUUGGAGCUCCUGAAAAGCUUUUUGGGUGGAUGA